AUGUAUGCGGCGGCGCGGCGGCAAAGGGUGUCGACCGGAGAAAUCAAUCAACCGGCAAGAAUGGGAGGAAGAACAAAUAGAAGAGAAACUUACAUGUUAGCGCUGCGGAUGAUCGGCAGGCGUCUUCUACUAGCGGCGGCGGAUGAUCGGUGGGCGUCUUCUACUAGCGGCGGCGGAUUACGGAGAAUAAGUGAUAUAAAUGGAACUGAAUCACUAUUUCCACCCAUUACUAAUUUGAAAAACCUUGAAAUACUAUAUUUUCUCCUUAGUUUCUUAGAAAUGUUUCUUAACUUUCCUUGCACAGAUCUAAAAGAUUUUUAUUUGUUCUCAUUGAGGCAAAUUGAAGCUGCUACAAACAGUUUUGAUACUGCUAACAAGAUUGGAGAAGGUGGUUUUGGUCCUGUUUACAAGAUCUGUAUUGGCUUAGCUCGUGGUCUGGCUUUUCUCCAUGAAGAAUCAUGGCUAAAGAUUGUCCAUAGAGACAUCAAGGCUACAAAUGUGUUGCUUGAUAAGGAUCUUAAUCCCAAGAUAUCUGAUUUUGGUCUGGCCCAAACUUAA